AUGGACUUCCUCGACGCGACGCCCGAGGUCGCGUCGCUGAACCAGUACUGGUACAGCGCUCGCACCCUCGCCGCCCUCGUCGCCGAGCUCGAGUCCGGCGCCUGCGGCCUGCGCGUCGCCUUUUUGUCGACGCCGAGCGUCUACUUCUCGCUGCCGGAAGCGUCGGCCGUGCGCCAGGCGUCCUACUGCUUCGACUACGACGACCAGUGGAACGGCGACCCGCGCUUCCGCUUCUUCGACUUUAACCGCGAGAAGAUCGACGCGGAUCUGGAGCACGCGUUCGACUGCGUCGUCGUCGAUCCGCCGUUCAUCACGCGCGACGUCUGGGCCAAGUACGCGGCCUGCGCGCAGUCCGCGCUGAAACCUAGCGGCGGCAAGCUGAUCUUGACCACCGUCGGCGAGAACGAGGCCAUGCUGCGGCGCGUCCACGGCGCGCUCGGCGACGCGCUCCGGAAGACGCCUGAGAGCAUGGGCAUGUGUCGUGGCCGCCGCGACACAGUCGUCGGCCUCGCGCUCCUGCUGCUGCGCGCGAGCGCGAAAGGCCUCUUCGACGAGAUCACGCCGGCGAAGCCGCGCGUGCGCUCCGAGCUCGUCCUCCCGCCGCCGCCGCCGCCGCCGCCGGCGCUCGCCGUGGCGGCGCCGCUGCGGCCGAUCCCGCCGUCGCCCUGGCCCGGCCGCGGCGCGGUGGUCAUGGAGCGCGGCCGGCCGGCGCACGCCAAGGCCUGCUGCCUCAGCGCGCUGCUCUUCGGCGCGCUGCGCUUCGCGGCCGCCGCGCCCGCGGAGUCCGUCGAGCGGCUGCGGCGGUUCCUCUUCCCGUCGGGCGCGGCGGGCGGCCUCGCCUGGAUUCGGGGCCUCGUCGUCGUCGUCGCGGCGGUGCUCUACGCCGCCGAGGCGGCGCGGAGCUCGACGCUGCGCUACGUGUCCGACGCGCGCGACGCGGACGCCGUCGACGCGUUCCUGCGAGGCGCCGUCGACGCCGCGCCCGUCGUCGCGUGGACGGCCGAGAGCUACCACUACGAGACGACGAGCCGCGGGUCCGGCGACGACCGGCGCACGUCGACGCGGCGCGUCGUCACGGCCGUCGCGCGGGAGACGUGGGCCUACGGCGCGUGGCGCGACGCGUCCGGCGGCGUCGACGCGCUCGCGCGCGCGUGGCGCCGGGCGUGCUCCGUGACGCCGUCGGCGCGCCGGGCCCUCGUGAAGAUCCGGCUCCGGAGGAGCCUCGCCUUCGACGACGCGGCGACGGCCGACGAGUACGCCGCGGCGCUCGCCGACUUCGCGCGGAGGCACCGGCGCCGCGACGUGCACCUGUCGCUCGAGCAGGACUUCUCCUUCAAGGGCUGGGACGAGGACGAGCGCAUUCUGGGCAUCCGGCGGCCCCUGGGCGCGCCGGGCGCGCUCUGGUCGCCCGCGGGCUUCUGGGCCGCGGCCGGCCUCGGGCUCACGGUGCCCUACCGCCUCGCCUUCGAGCGCAAGUGCGCCGUCGCCUCCCUCGACGUCGCCAAGCGCGUGCGCUCCGCGCCCCACGUCGCCCGCGAGGCGGACCCCGUAAUAUGA